AUGCAGCUGCCGACCAAGCUGAUUGCUGGUUUGCUCCUUCUGAAUUCGCCAGCUUUGGUCGUUGCCAAUUCAGAACUUCCUCGAGGCAAUUCGCCGGAUCUAUCAUGGCGUGAAAAGAUUGUCUUUGGUGUUGGCCACCAGAACCACAACGAAGCCCCUCCAAUCCCGAUCCUCAACUAUGAGCCUGGUCUCAACGAUUCCACAACUGCUUUGAGGCCACGAGACUCGACUAUACCUUCGUUGAAUCGCCGUGACGGUGCCCUACACUGCGACACUGCUCCCUGUGUUGAUGGAAGCUGUUGUGGGAAAGACGGUAUUUGUGGUUAUGGUCCCGAUUACUGCGGCGACGGCUGUACUUCACAAUGCAAUGCUACUGCGAUGUGCGGAGAGUUCAGCGAGGAUGCUGAUAUGCCGUGCGGCAUGAACCUUUGCUGCUCUUCUUCAGGCUGGUGUGGAACCACAGAGGUCUUCUGUCAUAAUGCUGAUCCGUUCCAUCAAACUUUGCCGUGUCAGGCUGGCUAUGGUUCGUGUUCGAUCUCUACCGCUCCUUCCUGCUCCACAAACGGUGGAAGCUCCAAUGGACGCACUGUAGGAUACUACCAAUCAUGGAAUGUCCGCAAUCGAAAGUGUGACACCAAGACUCCGUCACAGCUCAACACUAAAGGCUUUACUCAUCUAUUCUAUUCUUUUGCCUUCAUCGACCCCAACUCCUUUGACGUUGUGCCUGCCCAUGACGAUGAUGAGGAGCAGAUGAGAGAGUUUACAGCUCUAUCUUCCGACGGAAAGCUCCAGACCUGGAUUGCAAUUGGCGGGUUUGACUUCAGCGACAAGGGCACGCCUACACAUACUACCUGGAGUGACAUGGUCUCUACAAAGGCUAAUCGUGCCAAAUUCAUCGCAUCUCUUGAAGCAUAUAUGAAAGAAUACGGCUUCCAAGGCGUCGAUCUCGACUGGGAGUAUCCUGGAGAUCCUGACCGAGGUGGAAGAAAACUCGCCGAUACUAGAAACCUUUCUCUCCUGGUGCGGGAGAUGCGAGCAGCCUAUGGCACUCGCUUCGGUAUCAGUGUGACUCUAGCUCCCGACUACUGGUAUUUGCGUUGGUUCGAUGCAAAGGCUAUGGAGCCUAAUGUUGACUUCUUUGGUUUUAUGGCUUAUGAUCUUCACGGCUCCUGGGAUUCCGAUGUCCACACCCUUGGUAAAAUUGUACGUGGUCAAGCGGAUAUUCGUGAAAUCCGUAAUGACACUGCACCAUUGUGGUUCGAUGGCCUGGAUCCGGCAAAGAUCAACUUCGUGACCCCGGCAAGUGUACCGGUCAAGCCGGCGUCCUCUCACUCCUCGGAGAUCAAGAAUAUCGCUAAGAGUAAAGGCAUCCAUCCCACGUAUCUUUCAGGAGCAAUGAUGAAGGAGCUCACUUGGGACGACCAGUGGAUCGGUUACGAUGACGAAGAGACAUUCGCUGCUAAGAAGGAGUUCGCCAACAGCAUGUGCUUCGGUGGCACUAUGCCUCCCCACAAGGGACUCGACAAUGGCGGAACGAGCAAGGGUCUUUUACCUUUUGCAGAGUUCGUCAAUUGUAAGCCCGACCAGCAGGAUCAGAUUGAGCAGGCCUGGAAAGAUGUGCAGCUCCUUGUGGAAAAGCCGUCGCAGUUCAACUUAGACAGGAGGUCCUUCUUAGGCAUUGGUUGCAAGGGCAUCUGCAAGGCGGGACCGACUGAAACCCUCAUCUGGGGCAAGAACAUUGCCAGUCGCGUCGAUGAUAUCAAGUUCAUUCGUAAGAUUUACAGCAACAUAGAGAAACUGGGUUCCUCGGUCCACUUCGACAACAAGAUCCGUAUUGGUUGUGAUGUUGACUACAGGGACGAAGCUGAUGAAAACGCUUCAUGCAAGACCAACUCUGGUAAAGGUGGAUUCGCAUUCAGCAAGGGUGAGAAAACCAAUUUCAAGGAUGGUACCAUUGUCCUCUGUCCAAUCUUCUUUAACCGCGACACAAUCAAGGAAUUGACCACCGAGCUGGACGGGAACCCGAAAUAUCAGGACUUGGCGACAAAGCGCCUUGGCAAAGGAACAUUAUUGCUACACGAACUCACCCAUCUCGACUCUAUUAGUGGAGGAGGAGACGAUCAUAUCGAAGACAAAGAUUGGAACAAAGAAGGUGGCCUCAAAAAGGCAUUGGUCUAUGGGCCUAAAGAAGUAGAGAAACUCGCCAGGAAAAAGCCGCAAUGGACACGAACGAAUGCGGACAGUUACGCUAUUUACGCAUCUAUUCUAUACUUUAAUGAAAGGUAUGGAGGCGUCAAACACAACGAGCUCAGGGGCGAUGAUGAUGACGGCGACGACGACGACGACACUGAAGAAACUAAACCCGACCCGCCGACCAAAGCUCUCAACAUCAUCCGCGAAAACAAGGAGGACUUCUGGGUCGGCGAACGCCCAACGAGAUUCGAAUCCAAUUGGCUCUUCUAUUCUGUUCCCUUCGGUACUGCAUCCGAAUGCUCUGACAACCCAAUUCCCGUCAGCGUUGUUGGUAUCGCCAAUACAGACCGUCCUGAUUUACCUGUCGAUCCUCCCGGCGGUACAUUUGCAGUCGAGACUCAAGACGGCAAGUGCGAGUACAAGAAUGAUGGCACGGGUAACGCGGGAGCUUUGUGGUGUUCGGGCACGAUGCACAGUUGCAAGUACCACGACAACAGAGACAAAGCCAGCAGGUGUACGAACCUCAUGAAGUCGCAAGACUGGCUGUACAUCCAGCAUGUUCCUGUCGUCGCUUCGCUUCUUCAUUCUCUUGUUUCUUUCGCACCACCCACCCAAUGCAAGACCUUUUGCUUACACCAGCUUCACUCUCCCGCAUAUUCCAACCACGGUAUGAGCAAUUACACGACAAUACUGUCGCGGAAGCAGCGCUGGGGCUUUGCUAUUUAUCGCACGGAUUACACUUCAGAAGCAGACUGGACAAAAUUUCUCGCCAUGUUUAACACUUGGCCUCUUCAUGGUUUCCCCGGCCCGCAGCUCGAGAACGGCCGUCUAGCUAGGGCAUGGCAACAACACUAUUGGAUGAAUGAGCAAUCACAGUUUGAUGGCGCCACAACACAACAACUUCGACAGCACUUUCACGUAUGGUCGGCAUCUCAAGACUUCGGGGGACAGAGGGUGUGGCCAGAGAGCUAUGUGUUCCUGGUUGUUGAUAAGGACGUGCUCGACAACAUCCGUUCGCAAAAUGCUGAGCUGGACUUUAUGCCUCGGGACGAGGCACCAUAUGUCAAAGUCAUAGACAAAGACCAACCAGAUGAGGGCGAGGAAUAUCCCGGCUGGAUGAAGUUGCAUAUGGUGGAUCUGCUUGACGUGUAUAUGGGAGGUUUGAACUUCGAAACCAUGAGGGGACUGCGACCUCGUUUCUCUGAUUGGUAUAAGGGUCGUCUACUCGAGGAAGACACGUAUCUGGAGGAAGAUGAGGAGUCCGAAUCAAGCUUGGAUUGGGGAUCUGAGUCUGAAGGCGACGAAAACACAUCAGAGAGUUGA